UGCAGGAUAAACCAGGUUUACAAUGUUGAGUCAUGCUCUUAUUGGCUUUUCUAUUCGUAUUAUAAAUAAGAUACUAUCAUUGCGUAUUUUCUUUUAACCAACACGGACUAGGAGGGUUUGGCUAUGAUCAAAACAACCAAAACGAUUUGCCCUGCCCCGCCCUGCCCUCAGCUGGUGUUUCUAAAACCGCAGCGGACCGUGGUGUUUAACCAACAAUAAGCGCUCCCUUUCGUAGACGACCUUCCUCGCUAGCAAAUCAACGCUCGUCAAAUACAAACCACUUCCCCGUUCCUAUGCCCUUAUUUGGAACAGAGGGGCUGUGCUUAUUUGACUAAAGAGAAAAAUGGUGGAAGGAGAGGUCUCACAUCCAUGUAGACAGAAUAACCUCAAUUGUUUACCCUCAGUCUCAACACCACAUUUCUAGAUCUCAAAGUACAGAACAGCCGCCCGGCCGUGAAGCAGGAGCCAUGGCGGACGGAGCUCAGGUGAAGAAGACGGUGGUCAAGGUGCUGUGCUGCGUGGAGAAGGUCACGUCCUUCGCCUCCUCCGUCGACCCCAUCUGCGGCAUCAUCUCCCCCCUGGUGGGGCUGCUGCGCAAGGGCCUCCAGGAGGAUGAGGCCCACGUCCUGGAAAAGGACUUCCAGGCGCUGCACUGCAAGAUGGAGGACAUCUCGGCCAAGAACCGGCAGUGCCUGCAGAAGAUCCGGAUCGACGAGGUCAACGAAACCUACGGCAAGUACGAGGAGUUCAUCAAGCACCAGUACGCCGCCUUCGGCAACAUGGUGGCCCGGGUGAAGAAAGAACCGGACGCCGCCGACCUCCACAUGAGUACCUUCGAGAGGAUCUACGAGCGGGACAAGGCGGACAUGAGCCUGGACGUCUACUACCGUGGUGUGAUGGGGAAGGGCUCCGUGUUCGGCCGGCCCCUCCUGCUGGUGUACUAUGAGCACUGCGGACGCAACCGCACCGUGAUGGAGCACCGCUGCUCCCACCUGCGCCUCCUCUUCCACAUGGGCCUCAUCGCGCUCAUGGCCUACACGGCGGUGACGGAGGACGACGAGGAGGAGGUGGCCCAGAAGUGGGCCAAGAGGGUGCAGGAGAUCCAGAGCAAGAUGGAGGAGGUUCUGAGUCAUUGCCAGGAGGAGAGCCCACCCUAGGUUCUGGGAGGGGAGGUCGGAGGGGAGAUGGGAGAUUGGUGGUGGGAGGGUGGGAGGUUGGGAGGGAGGAGGGGUGGGGGGAGGGAUACGAUAUUGUCCAUGUCAAUAUGGAAGCACUUCAGGUGGGGUGGGGUCACUUUACUCCCUGAAUCCAAACUCGACCAAUCCAAAGAUAUUUAAUCAUGCCGGGAAUAUUUUGGAGAUUUAUUUGUAUAGUCAGGAUGCCUGCCAUAUAUUCUAAUGUUUUUAUUAUUUUGGUUGACACAUCGAUGCUGUGUGAGAUAUUUUGUUUAAAUGGAGACCAUGCUUUUGUGUAUUAGCUGCCUAAAUAAAUGCUGCUGUUAUGCGUCAAAUGUU